AUGUCUACUACGAAAAACUCUCUCUCUCUCUCUCUCUAUCUCUCGCCACCUCUCUCUCUCUCUCUCUUUGCUUCUCUUACAGAACGAAACAAAACAGCAAUCAACAUAUUCUCUCUCUCUCUCUCUCUAUCUAUCUAUCUAUCUAUCUAUCUAUCUAUCUAUCUAUCUAUCUAUCUAUCUAUCUAUCUCUCUCUCUCUCUCUAUAUAUAUAUAUAUAUAUAUAUAUAUAUAUAUAUAUAUAUAUUAAAACACACGGCUUUCUUUCUUUCUUUCUUUCUUUCUUUCUUUCUUUAUUUAUUUAUUUAUUUAUUUCUGUUCCUAUCUAUCUAUCUAUCUAUCUAUCUAAAUAUGCGUACGCCUAUUAGAGUGACAGUGAGUAGAGUUUUUCAUAUCUCUCUCUUUCACACACAGGAACACACACGCGAACAACUCUCUCUCUCUCUCUUUUCUUCUAUCUGUUUUCCUCUCUCUUUCUCUAUCUCUUGA